AUGUCUAUUCUUGAUGUGGACACAUGUGCAAUUCGGGAGACUUCCAACGAUGAGGUGUUUCCCGUUGAGCACGAUUGCGCUAGACGCCAAGGGGAGAGACAGGAAGAGCCGGAGAAAGUUAUGCCGCGUAGAAGAGGUCUCACAGAUGAUGAAAGGAGGGCCAGCUUGAUUAUCGUUGGCUGCUUUCUCUUUCAGGAGGUUCACUGCAGCACUCUUCGCGCGCUGUUAUUUGCGUCUAUCACCGCCUAUACACUUUCAAAAUACUUAGGCAAAGCUCCCGAUGCUUCCGCUUGUUCCAACCCCAAAUGA